GACGACGAUGCCGCCUCUGUCACUACCCAAGACACGACCAUGAGCGGCCGCGGCAAAUGGCGCCAACGAGCCAAUCGCCUACGCGACUCCAUGGUCGGCUCCUACUCCCGAGACCCUUCCGUCAUGAGCGGUGCAUCGAGCGACCGUCGCACAAGCAUACAAGAUCGCCUCCUUACGCAGGUGAUGAGCCAGAUUCUCCCAGCCAUGCCCAUCGACGAGGGCGACGAGGGCGACGACGACGAAUCUCCGGCGAAUCCCUCGCUCGGCGGCAACAAGAAAAAAGUCCAGCCAUCUACUGACGGCAGCGGUGGGCGUCCCGAGUUUAAUCUCGCCACCAUGGCGGUCAACUUCCGGCUGUUCAACGCACGCAUCGGCGUCGUCUUCGUAUUUCAAGACAUGAUGAUCCGGCUCUUCACCUGGCACCAUCCAACACACACUCUCUCCUUCCUCGCCGCUCACACUCUACUCUGCUUGCAACCGCAUCUGAUCCCCGUCAUCCCUCCAUUGGCCUGCUUCCUCUUCGCCAUCAUGCUCCCGAACUUCGUCUCCCGACAUCCCACGCCGACCAACGACCCACGCAUGGGACCCAGCUUCGCCGGGCCCGCGACCGCUCCCGCGACCCGCAUCAAACCUGCGCCCGAAGUCAGCCGGGAUUUCUGGCACAACAUGCGCGACCUGCAGAACUCCAUGCGCGAUUUCUCCGCGGGCCACGACGCCGCCGCCACCGCCAUCACGCCGCUCGUGAACUUCGGCGACGAGCGCCUGAGCUCCUCGCUCUUCAUCGCGGGGCUCACCCUCGGGGCCGCCGCGCUCUUGGGGACCUGGGUCGUGCCAUACCACCUCGUCGCCCUCGUCGGCGGCUGGGCCGCCGUCCUCUCCGCCCAUCCGGAAGUCCAAAAGGCGCUGCAAACCAGCAACGCAUUCGACGGCCUGCAAGGCCACCUCGACACCGGGCUCGCGCGCCUGCGGGCGUGGAUCGACGCCGACAUCAGCCUGGACGCGGCGCCCGAGGCGCGGCAGGUGGAGAUUUUCGAACUGCAGAAGUUCCAGCCGGGCAGCGCGACGUGGGAGGCCUGGCUGUUCUGCGCGACGCCCUGGGACCCGCACAGCCCCGAGCGGCGCGUGGCCCCCGCGCCGGGCAGCGGCGGGGGCGGGGGCGUGGUCGCGGACACCUCCAGCCGCCGGCCGAAGGGCACCGCCUUCUUCGAGGAGGUCCUCCCCCCCGCGGGCUGGACCUGGGCGGAGAAGAAGUGGGCGCUGGACCUGUUCAGCCGCGAGUGGGUGGAGCAGAGGCUGAUCGCGGACGUCGCGGUCGAGGAGGCGGGCGAGCGAUGGGUGUACGAUCUAGCGGCGGAGGACCCGAGCGAGGCGGCCAAGACGGCCUCGCUGUUGGACAGCUUGAGGAAAGGCGCUGGGGUUUCAGGGGAGAACAGGAUGGCGCAGAGGAGGGACUUUGGAAGCGUGGUUGGACCGGAGAGGUUUGGGAUGUGGAGGCGGAGGAGAUGGACGAGGUUGGUGGAGAGGAGG